AUGACCGAGUUCUGUUCCAGAGACCUUACCUCUAUUAGGUUAAAGGAACCCUCAUCAAACCUGCCUGACGUGGUGAUAGCAUCAGCCUACUUGCCGGGCGAUGCUGACAUCCCCACUCCGGAGCUGGCUGCGCUGGCACACCACUGCGAGCGCGAGGGUCUGGAGCUGAUCAUCUCUGCCGACACCAACGCGCACCAUGCGCUGUGGGGCAGCAGGAGCAACAACCGGAGAGGUGAGGAAUUUGUAUCGUUCCUAUUAUCAACUAACCUUAACAUUAUCAACGUGGGCUCGGAGCCGACAUUUGUCACGUCCAGGGCCCAAACUAUAAUUGAUCUUACAUUAGCAAGUGAGCAUGCAUCGCAACACAUAUCGAACUGGCAUGUUUCGAACGAAGCAUCGUGCUCAGACCAUCGCUGGAUCAAAUUUAACUUUGAAAUGAAACUUAAACUACCCGAUCCCCGACGGAAUCCCCGCACGAUGGACCGGAAACGGUAUGAACAUCUUACUGCGGAGAAUCUGCGAAGCAUCAACCCAACAUACGCUACGGGGACUGUUAAGGACAUUGACAGUCAUGUUGUCAACCUUACACAGACACUGAUCGAUUGCUUUGAACAAACAUGCCCACUUUCCACACCCAGAACUGGACCACAGAACAAACACCAAUGGUGGGGUCCGGAACUGGAAAGACUACGUCGUAAAGUGAGAAAGUUGUUCAAUAAAGCAAAAAACUCGCGACUAGACCAACAUUGGGAUGCCUACACGCAGGCCCGACAACAAUAUAAGAAGAGAAUCAGAACCAGGAAAACUGAGUGCUGGAGAAACUUCUGUACUAACAUAGAGAACAACAACCAGGCCAAUAGAGUCAAAAGCAUACUGUGUAGUAGAGGCGAACACAAUCUUGGCUCACUGAAGAAGCCUGAUGGUAAGUAUACCAAAACAGACUCGGAAGCCUCAGAGCUGUUAUUAAAAACACACUUCCCUGGAUGUCGCAUAUCAGAUGUGAUGGAAAAAUGGGAAGACAGAUGGGAAAAACCACCAGAUGAUACAGACUGGGAUACGGCCCGCAAAGUUGUCACCCAUGACAAACUAAGAUGGGCAAUUAACAGCUUCCUACCAUUCAAGGCGCCAGGACUAGAUGGUGUCUUCCCAGGCCUACUGAGAUGGUGUGAUACGACAUUACUGGACCAUCUUAUAAAAAUCUACAGGGGCUGCCUGGCGCAUCAGUACAUCCCCUUGAAAUGGAGAGAAGUUAAAGUAGUCUUCAUCCCCAAACCUGGUAAAGGUGACUACACACAACCCAAAUCACACCGACCUAUUAGUCUCACAUCUUUCCUACUAAAGGUUCUUGAGAGGCUAAUAGAUAGGGAAAUCAGGGAAACUGCGUUAGUCAGUCAUCCUCUACACCUCAAUCAACACGCAUACUCGAUGGGUAAAUCAACAGAAUCUGCCCUACAUCGAGUUGUUUCAUAUAUAGAAGACAAUCUAAAUCACAAAAGGUCAACACUGGCCACCUUUAUCGAUAUCGAGGGAGCCUUUGACAAGACCAACUUCACCAGCAUUAGCCAAGCUCUGUCUAGGCAUGGUGUUGAUUCCACAAUCUCAGGGUGGAUCGACAGCAUGCUAAGAUAUAGAGCUAUACAAUUCACUGUGAGCGAAGUGACUAGAGGAGUGGUGGCUAGAGGUUGCCCCCAGGGCGGUGUACUCUCCCCCCUUCUAUGGAACAUUGUUGUGGAUGAGCUCAUCGCACAACUUAAUGACCAAAGAUUCCUCACAAUAGGCUAUGCAGACGAUCUUACCAUUCUCAUCAGCGGUCCUUUUGAGAGCAUUACAUGCGAUCAAAUGAGACUUGCACUGAAGAUCGUGGAACAAUGGUGCGCAGCACACAACCUGACAGUGAACCCAUCCAAAACAGAGAUGAUCAUGUUCACAAACAAACGCAGCCUAGGAAAUCUCAGACUUCCCAAGCUAUUUGGAACACAACUUACUCUUACCAAAGAGGUCAAAUACCUAGGAGUAAUACUGGACAGUAAACUCCUGUGGAAUAAGCACCUCGAUGAAAAAUUGAAUAAAGCCUGCAUUAUUUUCUGCCAAUGCAAGCGGCUACUCGGCAAAAGCUGGGGACUAUCACCCAAAAUUACUUUAUGGCUAUACAGGACAGUCAUAAGACCAAUAAUCACUUACGGUGCUGUUGUCUGGUGGCAGAGAACAGAGCUAAGCACCGUCAUAAACAAACUGCAGCAAUUCCAGCGACUCCCAUGCUCCGCGGUCACUGGCUGUAUGCGCACAACGCCUACUGCCGCACUGGAGGUGGCUCUUGGUCUGCCACCCCUGGAUCUAUUCAUACAGCAGGAGGCCGCCAUGGCGAUCAUUAGACUCAAACACCUAGGUCUAUGGCACAAAAGGGAGGGAUCGCACUCUAAAUUAUGGGAUCAAUUGGUGGAAUACGAACCACUGAUAGCAGCUCCAUGCGAUAGAAUCCCAAAACACCAUAUCUUCACAAGAAGAUACUACAUCCAGAUACAUGGAAAUGACCGAGAUCAAUCCGGCAUUAACGAAGUCCGAAUUUACACGGACGGUUCCAAGACUAGGUCAGGAACUGGAGCCGGCGUUUUCUCGCAAGACCUAAAUAUAAACAUAUCACUAGCGUUAGGCCAACACAGCUCCAUAUUUCAAUGUGAAUGUGUGGCAAUAACUUACGCCGCCACAACGGCCAUGUCAAGGGGUAUCAAGGACUACAACAUCCGAAUAAUAUCCGACAGCAUGGCCGUCUUAAAGGCAUUGGAGGGCAACACAAUGACCUCUGGUGUUGUCCUCGAAUGCCACCAAGCACUGGAACAGCUCGCUAUAUUCAAUGGGGUACUCCUCCAAUGGAUUAAAGGGCACAGUAACUCACACGGGAACGAUGCCGCAGAUGAGUUGGCAAGGAGGGGCUCGGCAACCCCAACCUCUGGCCCAACCCCACUCCUGCCCAUAUCGUUUAACCAAAUACGAUGCUGGGUCAGGCAACGGACCUGUGAAGCACACAACCGGAGGUGGAAAAACUCACCCGGCUGCAGACAGUCCAAACUGGUGCUGAAUCAAGUCACGCCACGACUAACCUGCAGACUGAUCAGUCUUAGCAGACCGGAAAUCAAAAUGGUUGUCGGAACUAUUACAGGACAUCUAGCCCUGAACCGACAACUAUUCAUAGUCAAUGCGACGGACAGCCCCCUGUGCAGGGGGUGUCUGGAAGCUGAAGAAACGGCCGCCCACGUAGUCCUGGAAUGCGAGGGAGUGGCCCCACAACGGGCAAAUAUCAUUCCUGAUAUAAAGUCGCUCCUAGAAGCCUGUGAACGCCCCAGGAGGCUUCUGCGCUUCUGGAAGGAGCUUGGCUGGCUCACCUAG